CAAUCGGCCGGAAACGCCAGCAGAUUCCUUGUAGAUCUCUCGGUGUCCCGCCCAGCUCAGUGACCCCCCGGCCCCCAGCGAGUGAACGAGAUGUCAUCCUCGAAGGUCUCAGAAGAGGAGCAGAGCAGGGGCGACCGCGGUGAUCCACCCGGCGACCUCCGUAGCGUCCUGGUCACCAGCGUGCUCGACCUCGAGCCGCUAGACGAGGAUCUCUUCAGAGGAAGGCAUUACUGGGUGCCCACCAGCAAGCGGCUGUUUGGGGGUCAGAUUGUGGGCCAGGCCUUGGUGGCUGCAGCCAAGUCUGUGAGUGAAGACAUCCACGUGCACUCCCUGCACUGCUAUUUUGUUCGUGCAGGGGACCCGAAGGUGCCAGUGCUAUACCAGGUGGAGCGGACACGAACAGGGUCAAGCUUCUCAGUGCGCUCUGUGAAGGCUGUGCAACAUGGCAAGCCCAUCUUCAUAUGCCAGGCCUCCUUCCAGCACACUCAGCCCAGCCCCGUGCAGCACCAGUUCUCCAUGCCCACUGUGCCACCACCAGAAGAGCUGCUUGACUACGAGGUCUUCAUUGAACAGUAUUUAAGGGACCAUCAUCUCCAAGAGAAGUACCCACUGUUGUUGAGCCGAAAUGCUGCCCGGGAGGUACCCAUUGAGAUCAAGCCAGUAAAGAUACCCACUUUGAGCCAGCUGCAGAGAAUGGAGCCUAAACAGAUGUUCUGGGUGCGAGCCCGGGGCCAUAUUGGGGAGGGAGACAUCAAGAUGCACUGCUGUGUGGCCGCCUAUAUCUCAGACUAUGCCUUCCUGGGCACUGCAUUGUUGCCCUACUGGUGGCAGUAUAAGGCUCACUUCAUGGUCUCGCUAGACCACUCUAUGUGGUUCCACGCCCCCUUCCGAGCUGACCACUGGAUGCUUUAUGAAUGCACAAGCCCCUGGGCUGGUGGCUCUCGGGGGCUGGUCCAUGGGCGGCUGUGGCGUCAGGACGGAGUCCUGGCUGUGUCCUGUGCCCAGGAAGGUGUGAUCCGAGUAAAGCCCCGGGUCUUAGAAAGCAAAUUAUAACCAGAGGCACCAUGUGACCUGGAGCUUCAAGUACCUUACUUCUACCACCACUUGUAAGGCAGAAGGACAGUCCUCUGGCUCUCAAAUCCAAUAAAGAGACUGAUACCA